UGCUUCAUGCUGAUCGACUCCAUCAAUACCACUCAAACAUAUACAUUCCUAUUCACCACUCACAAGUUCAAAGUUUUCUACUAAGAAAACAAUCUGAUCAUGAGUACUGCUUCAAGAACAAGCAAGGCUAUUGUGGCAGCAAGUGUUGGAGUUGUGGAGGCAUUGAAGGACCAAGGGAUUUGCAGGUGGAACUCACCCACCCUAAGAUCCGUCCAUCAACAGGCCAAGAACCAUUUCAGGUCUUCUUCUCAGGCGAACAAGAACAAGCUUUCUUCUUCUUCAACCUCAGCUUUGAGCAGAGUCAGAGACGAGAAGCUGAAGAAGUCGGAGGAGUCUUUGAGGACGGUCAUAUACUUGAGCUGCUGGGGUCCCAACUAAGACUAUUAUUCAAGCAAGACUUUGGCAGUAGUUUGU